AUGAUAAUUAAAUACAUUGUCUAUGCAUUUAUUAUAACAACAACAAUACUAGCAACAUCAACGUCAUUACCUAAAAAUGACGAUUUAUUAUCAUUAAAUGAGCAUGAGGCAAAAGAUUAUUUGCACGAAGAAAAGCCUCAUCCAAGUAAAUAUAUGCUUCUUGUUGUUCUCUACAAGCCGAAAGCGAUAACUAGUAAAACUGUCUUGACAACAGUUUAUUCUACUGAUUGA